AUGCAGAAAGAAGUAGGAAUUAUUGAAGACAAGUUACAGAGGAGAUGGGAUGCGUUUGAAGUUUUGCUUUGCAUUGCUCUAAAAGAUGGGAGAAAACUUCCUCCUGCAUUACAAAACGAGAGGUGGGGAAGAAUUGAUGUAGAUUUUUCUUUCAACAGAAAACUUUUCUUUACUGACUACGGGAAUGUGGCCAAAGUGGAGCGAUGUGACAUGGAUGGGCUGAACAGAACAAGGAUAAUUGAUUCAAAGACAGAACAGCCAGCUGCACUGGCACUAGACUUAGUCAACAAAUUGGUUUACUGGGUAGAUCUUUACUUGGACUAUGUGGAAGUAGUGGAUUAUCAAGGAAAAAACAGACAUACUAUCAUUCAAGGCAGACAAAUCAGACAUCUUUAUGGUAUAACUGUGUUUGAAGAUUAUUUGUAUGCAACCAAUUCUGAUAACUUCAGUAUCAUAAGGAUAAACCGAUUUAAUGGCACUGAUACUCAAUCAUUAAUUAAAAUGGAAAACGCUCGAGGAAUCCGAAUUUAUCAAAAAAGAACUCAACCAACAGUCAGAAGCCAUGCAUGUGAAGUGGAUCCAUAUGGAAUGCCAGGGGGAUGCUCACACAUCUGUCUGCUCAGCAGCAGUUACAAAACACGGACCUGUCGCUGCAGGACGGGCUUCAACUUGGGAAGUGAUGGCAGGUCGUGCAAAAGACCGAAGAAUGAGUUGUUCCUCUUUUAUGGGAAAGGACGCCCAGGAAUUGUUAGAGGAAUGGACUUGAAUACCAAGAUAGCUGAUGAAUACAUGAUCCCCAUAGAGAACCUGGUAAACCCUCGUGCUUUAGAUUUCCAUGCAGAAACCAAUUAUAUCUACUUUGCUGACACCACCAGUUUCCUAAUUGGCCGGCAGAAGAUAGAUGGCACCGAGCGAGAAACCAUCCUGAAAGAUGAUCUAGAUAAUGUGGAAGGAAUUGCUGUAGACUGGAUUGGAAAUAACCUUUACUGGACAAAUGAUGGCCAUAGGAAGACCAUUAAUGUGGCCAGGCUGGAAAAAGCUUCUCAGAGUCGGAAGACUAUUUUAGAGGGAGAAAUGUCCCAUCCCAGAGGGAUUGUGGUGGAUCCUGUUAAUGGUUGGAUGUAUUGGACAGACUGGGAGGAAGAUGAAAUAGAUGACAGCGUGGGAAGGAUCGAGAAGGCCUGGAUGGAUGGCUUCAAUCGGCAGAUUUUUGUGACUUCAAAGAUGCUGUGGCCAAAUGGUUUAACUCUGGACUUUCACACCAACACAUUAUACUGGUGUGACGCCUAUUAUGAUCAUAUUGAAAAAGUGUUUUUGAAUGGAACUCACAGGAAGAUUGUUUACAGUGGGAAAGAGUUGAACCAUCCUUUUGGACUGUCACAUCAUGGGAAUUAUGUGUUCUGGACUGAUUAUAUGAAUGGUUCCAUUUUUCAACUAGAUUUGGUAACGAAUGAGGUGACAUUACUGAGACACGAAAGACCACCCCUAUUUGGGCUUCAGAUUUAUGAUCCACAGAAGCAACAAGGUGACAACAUGUGCCGAGUAAAUAAUGGGGGCUGUAGUACACUGUGCUUGGCCAUUCCAGGAGGCCGAGUAUGUGCAUGUGCAGACAAUCAACUUUUAGAUGAAAAUGGGACAACUUGCACAUUUAAUCCUGGAGAAGUACUGCCUCACAUAUGCAAAGCUGGAGAGUUCCGCUGUAAAAACAGACACUGUAUCCAAGCUCGCUGGAAAUGUGAUGGUGAUGAUGACUGUCUAGACGGAAGUGAUGAAGAUUCAGUAAAUUGCUUCAAUCAUAGCUGUCCUGAUGAUCAGUUUAAAUGUAAAAAUAAUCGCUGUAUCCCCAAGAGAUGGCUCUGUGAUGGAGCUAAUGACUGUGGAAGCAACGAAGAUGAAUCCAAUCAAACCUGUGCAGCCAGAACAUGCCAGGUGGACCACUUUUCUUGUGGAAAUGGGCGCUGCAUUCCCAGAGCAUGGGUGUGUGACAGGGAAGAUGACUGUGGUGACCAGACAGACGAAAUGGCAUCUUGUGAUGAUGACUGUGGGGACGGCAGUGACGAAGUUGGCUGCGUUCACUCUUGCUCUGAUAAUCAGUUCAGGUGUUCCAGUGGCAGAUGUAUCCCAGGCCACUGGGCCUGUGAUGGUGACAAUGACUGUGGAGACUUCAGUGAUGAAGCCCAAACCAAUUGUACCAGAGAAGAGAUUCGUUCUCCUGCUGGUUGUAAUAGGAAUGAAUUUCAGUGCCAACCUGAUGGAAAUUGCAUCCCUGAUCUGUGGCGCUGCGAUGGGGAAAAAGAUUGUGAAGAUGGUAGUGACGAAAAAGGCUGCAAUGGUACUUUACGAUUGUGUGAUCACAAAACCAAGUUUUCCUGUCGGAGUACAGGGAGAUGCAUCAACAAAGCAUGGAUAUGUGAUGGAGAUAUUGAUUGUGAAGAUCAGUCAGAUGAAGAUGACUGUGACAGUUUUUUAUGUGGACCACCCAAAUACCCUUGUGCUAAUGACACUUCAGCCUGCCUGCAGCCAGAGAAACUCUGCAAUGGGAGAAGAGAUUGUCCUGAUGGGUCUGACGAAGGCGAUCUCUGCGAUGAAUGUUCACUGAACAAUGGAGGCUGUAGCAAUCAUUGUUCUGUUGUUCCUGGAAGAGGAAUUGUCUGUUCCUGCCCUGAAGGACUUCAACUAAGCAAAGACAAUAAAACGUGUGAAAUUAUAGAUUACUGUAGCCAUCAUCUGAAGUGCAGUCAAGUGUGUGAGCAGCACAAGCACACAGUCAAGUGCUCAUGCUAUGAGGGGUGGAAGCUGGACGUGGACGGUGAAAGUUGCACAAGUGUCGUUUUGGUGCUUGUUAAACUUUCUGAUAAGUGGUACACAGGCUUCAUCAGACUGCUAAGAAACUAUGCAUCAUAA